AUGAUACGACAGGUGCGAGGAGAUAUCUACCCUGACACCGGUUUCAAUAAACUGCAGACUGCCGAUGACACUAAAUUACAGAAACAAAACACAAAAUAUACAUUCAUAAAAUGUCAGCGAGGCAACUUUAUGCUUUAAUGUCAACAUAAAUUCAUUAUCAGAGAUGUAAUCAUUACAGAUACUUUGUACAUGUACAAGAAAACAUUCCAAACGGAUUUCAGUGGGGAUUUCCUGACAGAAAUAUGCAGAAUAAGUUUAGACCGUGAUGUGAUGGAGACAACGACAGUCAAAAGUUAGCACGCAGUCCCGAAACGUCCUGUUAUUUGGACUAGCUUCACAGGAUUGUUAUUCAGCACAGGUAGACACAUAUAUAUACUGUAGGCAUGAUGAAGAACAGAGACACACAAGAACAAGGUUUUCCACUGGACUAGUAUCUUUUUGAAAAUAAACUCUCAUGCAACAAGAAUUUUCUUGUAACAGAUAGCUUCGCAGUAGCAUAGCAGCAUUGGCUAUAAAGUAUUUGAAGAACUGUAGUGUCAGAGAGAGAAAAAAAAAUGUCAAAAUCAGAGGGAUGCCUUAGCACUGGUGGAUUUUAUGGCAAGAAAAAUAAGAGGAAGUGGAUAGGUUUGGAAAACUCUAUAAACAGUGUUGUGAAGAAGCACCAAAAGGAGAAAAUACCAAAGUCUUUUCCAUCUAGGAUUCUUGGACCUAACUCCACAUGGCAGAUAUUUUAUAGACAGCAGGAAGCAUUCCAGUUCACUAAAAGUACAGCUAAGGACUUGCAUGUGUUUGCAUUUGAGAGUGAAAGCUUUGAGGGAAACACAGGACAGAGAUUGUAUCUUUCUGCAAGCUAUCCUGUCUUCUGGCACUACUACAGUCAACUUGAUGAUGACAAAAGGCUACAUUAUGAAGUUAUACCUGAAGGUGCAGUAUGCAAGUUAUAUUUUGAUCUGGAGUAUGACAAAACUGUGAACCCAGGUUGUGAUGGCAAUCACAUGGUGGAUAUAUUUAUUCAGUAUGUAUGCAAGGCUUUGCAAGCAACAUUCAGAGUGACAUGUACUAGAAAAGAUGUUCUUGACUUACAAGCUAGCACCGAGAGAAAAUUCAGCAGACAUCUGAUAUUCCAGAUGAAGAAAGCUGUCUUUAAAGAUAACAUACAUGCAGGGAGGUUUGUCUGCAGUAUUAUGUCCAGACUUGUGGAGAAAAUUUAUACAGCAUAUAAUACAGGGACAGACAGUAGGUCAGUCCAUCAUACAGCACAAGUAACUAAGGAGAGAGAGUAUGUUAGGGUAGAAAAAGACAUUCAUGACCAGACAAUUGAUGAAGACAAAUGCAGGUUAGAAGAAAAAGUAGAUAAACUGAAAGAAGUCAUAGAAUCAUUUGCAAUGGAAGACUUGCACAGUCUGAUGGUUAAGAACAAGAAUGGAGAGGAUAUUCCCUUUUGCGACACAGGUGUUUACACAAAGAACCGUAACUUCCGAUUAUUCCUGGCAUCGAAACUUGGGAAGAAGAAUCCACUGGUUGUAGCAGCACAGAAUGAGUUCUACAGUAAAGGAGAUUCACAGCAGUCAAAACUUGAGAACAUAUUCUAUGAUUCACUUGUUGCGAAUGUAGAAUACUGUGAUAGUAUGAGAAUUCUCUCAUUUGAUGGUGAAAACUUGUCUGGGCAUAUGAUUGGCUUGCCUGGAAGGAAAAGAGAAAAAACUUCAAAAGAAGCUGAAUGUAUUGAUGGUUACAGCAAGUCACCCUAUCCAGAAGUAGAUGAAUACAUUAGUAACAUUAUAACUAAGGAUUCUGGGAAAGGUGUGAUUAGGCAUUGGACCUACUUUCACCAGGGAGAACUACUUGUUUAUGAGAUAGCAAAAUACAGAUAUUGUCAUAAUAUUGGCAGACAUCACCGCAGCAAUAAUAUAAUGUUAGUUGUGGAUUUACACAAAGGUGUAUGGUACCAGAAAUGUCAUGAUCCAGAUUGUCAUAUGCAGAACUACAAGUCUCCAGAAUGGCCAUUACCAAGGAAUCUAUUACCAGCUAGUUACUUUGAGGAUGACCUUGACCUUGAAAUGGAUGAUGAUGAAUUGUUGAAUACAACAGCAGAAUUAGAGAAACAGUACAUGGAGCAACAGGCAGACUGCUCAGGUGUGUCAGAACUUGAUGAUGGUGCCGACGAUGAACUUAUUGCUGCUGUAACAAAUUUAGAUAGCAACACUUUUGGUAAUGUUGAAAACGGCUGAUAAACAGCUUAUGGAUUCGGAAAAAAAUAGCUGAUAAAAAAACCCUUAGUAGAGAAAAAGGGCUGACAAAUGGCCUAAAGUAUGCAGAAAAACGACUGAAAGACAAGCACUAACAAAACUUUUGCUGAUUAACAACAAAAACAGCAGUUGCAAAAUGGCUGCACGUACAGAAACUUGCUGCUUAUCAACCAAAUCCUGGCAUUUAAAAAGAAAAAUAAUUCCAAAGUGUAUUGUUGAAAACAGCCAUCUCUGUUAGUGUAAAUGGAAUUAGUGAAGCUGUUUGACUAGUAGUAAUCAGGCCAUGGAACUAGCGGUCUUGAGGAUCUAGACACCAGACUAUGGAACCAGUCAUCUCAUGAUUCUGUUGUAAUAGUAGGACACCCGAACUGAAUUCAAUGACUGGUCUGGAGUUCAAGGGUUGCUCCUCCACCUAGAAUUAUGGAUAUUCUUUCAGACUGUUUCAGAAUGCAUUUACUUAUCUUGAACUUUUCAAAGAAAUGAUAAAGAACAUAAUCUCUUCUUCAAGAGUCACCUGUAUGACUAACCUUGGGUUGCUAAUUAUUUGGUUGCUAUAAAUGAUUUUAGAUACACGAACAAACCGGCUGAUGAACAACAAAAAGUACCAUAAAUUUAAAUACCAAAAAGCAAUACUGCUGUUGGAAAUGUCGGAUAAUUUGCCGCAGAAAGUGUUUGAGCAACUACUAUAGAAAACAAAAUCAGCUGUAAAAAUAGACCAGAUGUGUCCAUAGAACAGAAAAGUUUCUAUGAUGUAAUGUAAAGACAUAGAAGUGUUUGUCCUGUGAAUAAUGGGACUUAAAUGAUUGGAUUUAUAAGUUCAGUCUAGCACCUUAACAUUUGAAAUGGUUUCUGUAUGCAACACAAUUCUAAUGUUUUGUUAUGAUAAUCAGUUGUAUAGUUAUUUCAUAAUUCUGAGAUGCUGCACAAAAUUCAUAGCUAGACAUUAAAAACUGUUAUCAGUAUAGUUUAUGUAGUUAAGAAAAUGGACCAAGUUAAGUGCUCAGUCAUGACCUUGACCUUUGAUCUGGUGCAUGAUUUUCUCAUGUAAUACAUUGUCUUAUGGUGGUCAUUUGUCAGCUUCUUUCAAAAUAUCACAUUGCAUGACAGUUAUACAUGGGAAAACAAACGUCUUUAUUAAGAAAAUGGAUAAAAGUUUACAGAGCGAGUUUGAAGUGUAAGCUGAUGAAAAAGUAAAAUCAGGUGUUCAUUUGAGCCACACCAUGAGAAAACCAACAUAAUGCAUUUGCUACCAGCAUGGAUCCAGACCAGCCUGCGCAUCUAGGCAGUCCAGUCAGGAUCCAUGCUGUUCGCUUUCAAAGCCUAUAGCAAUUAGAGAAACCGUCGGCGAACAGCAUGGAUCCUGACCAGACUGCACGGAUGCGCAGGCUGGUCUGGAUCCAUGCAGGUCGCAAAUGCACUAUGUUGGUUUUCUCAUGGUGCGGCUCAUUUGUGAAAGUAUCUUUGAUCUUGUAUAUGAAACAAAUGUGUUUUCUCAAAGCUUUUAACAAAGUUAAUGCACAGUGUCGUGUGACAUCCUGAACAUCAUUGUGUAACCAUUACUGUGUUAAUGUUGGAGAUAUUUAUAGGACAUUUAUAGAUUUCCGUUAUAUUUUAGUAUUGAUGUGCAUACAUUUUCAGGGUUCCCACGGUCAGGGAAAAACAUAUUUUUUUCAAGGUCAGGGAAUUUUGUAGUUGGUCAGGGAAAUUUGGAAAUUCGGGAAAAGUCAGGGAAAUUUGGACAUGGAUAUGGAAUUAAAAUUUUUAUGUUCAUAUUAGGAACUAGAGCUAUCACUUAAGGUGAUGAAUGUACCCCCCGCAUGCACUGACACAGUACAUUGCAAUUUGACGCACACAAGAUUGCAUAAUUAUGUGGACUGUAUGUAUAUAGACUGUAUGUAUACAGUAUAAUAACAAAAAACAAAGUCCCAUAACUAUGCAGAAUAUUUAUCUAAAAGAAUGUAACAUGCACCAUGCACAACUAGGGUUAGUACUGAUCACUUGUGUGAAGUUUCAUUAAAUUGUGUGCAAGGGUUUGGUAGAUUAGGCAUGCACAAGAUUGCAUAUGCAGACUGUAUGUACAUAGUAUGUUAACAAGAAACAAAGUCCCAUAACUCUGCAAUUUUUGUUGCUGAAAGAACCUAACAUGCCCCAUGCACAACUACUGUUGUUACUGAUCACUUGUGUGAAGUUUCAUUAAAUUGUGUCAAGGGGAUGAGGAGAGAUGGUGCGCACAAGAUUGUGUCUAUGUUUAUAGUAUAGUAACAAAAAAACAAAGUCCCUUAACUCUGCAAAUUUUUUUUCUGAAAGAACCUAACAUGCCCCAUGCACAACUACUGUUGUUACUGAUCACUUGUGUGAAGUUUCAUUAAAUUGUGUCAAGGGGAUGAGGAGAGAUGGUGCGCACAAGAUUGUGUCUAUGUAUAUAGUAUAGUAACGAAAAAACAAAGUCCCAUAACUCUGCAAAUUUUUUUUCUAAAAGAACCUAACAUGCCCCAUGCACAACUACUGUUGGUACUGAUCACUUGUGUGAAGUUUCAUUAAAUUGUGUCAAGGGGAUGAGGAGAGAUGGUGCGCACAAGAUUGUGUCUAUGUAUAUAGUAUAGUAACAAAAAAACAAAGUCCCAUAACUCUGCAAAUUUUUUUCCUAAAAGAACCUAACAUGCCCCAUGCACAACUACUGUUGGUACUGAUCACUUGUGUGAAGUUUCAUUAAAUUGUGUCAAGGGGAUGAGGAGAGAUGGUGCGCACAAGAUUGUGUCUAUGUAUAUAGUAUAGUAACAAAAAAACAAAGUCCCAUAACUCUGCAAUUUUUUUUCUAAAAGAACCUAACAUGUCCCAUGCACAACUACUGUUGGUACUGAUCACUUGUGUGAAGUUUCAUUAAAUUGUGUCAAGGGGAUGAGGAGAGAUGGUGUGCACAAGAUUGCGUCUACGGACGGACAGACAGACAACCUGAAACCAGUAUACCCCCCUCCUCCCUUUACAACUUCGUUGUCAGAGGAGGGUACAAUAAUUUAUACCUUUUGACUUAUGGGUCUCUUUUUUAAAAGGAAUUCUAGACUAUUUAUUUUUCAUAUUCUUCCGUGUUCAAGUGUAAUUGAACUAAUUUUGUACUGGAUAAAAGUAUAUUUGAUAUUUUUGCUGUGAAAUUGUAAACUACAUUUCAUUGUUUUAUUUAAUAAUUCACUGAAAGCUUGUAAUGAAUAGAUGAUCUUACAUCAGUGUCAAGUUUUAUAAAACAAAAUGAGGCUCUGCCGAGCAUUUGUCAAUCAUAAAUGUGGAAAGACACUAACAUAAGAUUCUCUUUUUUUUAUCGCAUGUUAACUUUCCUGCUGAAACAUGGAAAUUUCUUUCUUCCUUGCUUAUUAAAGACAAAGUCAAGUUGACCAAUGUCUUGUUGAAAUGGAGACACUGGUAAAAUGUUGCUGCCUUAGUUUAAUUACAAGAAUAUGAUGUGGCCUUAUUUAAGGCAUGUGAUAACAGUGGUACACAUUUCAUGUUUUUAAGUUGUUGACUGUGAUGGUAAGUAUGUUGAUUUUUAAGAGUUAUAGACUUCAUUAUAUAAGAAUUUCCAUGAUAUUUCAUUCAGUUAUUCUUUCAUAGACAGAAAAUGAGCUUAUACAAAUGUAAAUUCAUAAUUUUAUCAUACUUUGUAAAUUUGGUAGUGUGUCGGUUGUUAUUUUGUCUUUUAAUUGAUAAUGAAAUUGUAACAAGUUACUGUUAAGUUUUGUAAUAAAUUUUUUGUUGCUA